AGGCUUUAUUUUGAAAGGUAUGACCGGAUGUGUAUGCGUGUGAUUUUCUCGGACGUACGGCGCUCGUGCUUUCUCAGCAUCGCAGUGUGAGCAGGUAAAUCUUUGUGGUUGAACCCCCAGCGCUGAGUCCAGUAUGAGGCCCGCGGGGCUGACGGGAUCCGGCCGGGAGGAGCACUGAGGAGCCGAGAGGCCUGCUGGGAGGCCCGGAGCGCCGCAGGAGUCAGGCUGACGGACCAACCAUGUGGGAAAACAUGCUUCUGCUACUGAUCCACGCGGUGGAAGCUGCAGUGGCAUCUCAGUGCUGGCAGGGGGCGACCUUCUCCGAGGCCGUGGUGUCUCCCGUGGUCGAGAGCAGCGGUAUUCUGCGGGUGCCCAGCGUGUCGUCCCUGCCGCAGUGCGUGGCGGCGUGCUGCGACCUGCCCGGCUACGACUUGGCGUGGCUGUUCGAGGGCCGCUGCUACGUGCUGAGCUGCCAGCAGAGGGAGAACUGCCAGCCCCGGCAGACGCCUGGCGCCGACUCGUUCCUCGCCUUCCUGCGACGCCCGUCCCCGCAGACACUGGUGCUUCAGUCCUUGGUGAGGGGGGAGCCCUACGGCGGGCGCUGGAGGCCCCUCUCACGCUCGUCUGAGGCGCCCGGCGACUUGGAGGCCCUGAAAGAUCUCUCCCUGUUCGACACGCCACAUCGAGGCUUCCCAGACCCCGGGAUGCUGGAUGUCGAGUACUCAGAGGACAGCCAGGAGGAGAGGGGUGGAGCCAGCCCAGAACAGGAGACCAAUCAGCCACCUUUGAAAGGGGGGGGCAGCUUCAAUCAAUCAGAGGCUGAGGAUGGUCCAGAGAGGAGGCCGACAGAGAGCAGCGCGGCCCCGGGCGUGCGCCAGGGAGAGGAGGGUGGGGCCAAGAGACCGACGGAGGUGGCGCCACAGGAAUCAACGCAGAGCAGCUCCACCUCUCCACCCCUGACACCCGAGGCCAGCUCAGAGCUAGCCCACACCUCCAGCAGCCCCACAGCAAACCCAGCUCCACCCCUGCUGGUGUCUCUUGGAAACCCCGUAGAGGCGACCACAGUGAAACCCGCCACUCCAGCCGCCACUCCAGCUGCUCCUGAACCUACCACGUCAGACGCUGUGAAGAUGCUUCAGUCUGCAGCCGGAACUCCACCUUCCACCACCCACCUGACUGUGACCUCUGACCUUACUACCCCGACCUUGUCAGCAGCCAGCUUUAACCCUACGACUGCGACUGAGUCAGCAGCUUCAGCGUCACAGGUUGGAGGGUCAAACCGCCGUCCGGUGGCCGUCGUGGGCCCCGACAGGAGCCUGUCUCUCCCGGUGAGCAGCUUGCUGCUCAACGGCAGCGGCAGCAGUGACGACAGCGGCAUCGUCAGCUACCGCUGGGAGGCGGUCAGCGGGCCUCCCGGGCUGAGGCUGGACGACACAGAUCAGCCCGUCGCCACAGCCUCGGGGGUUCGGGCGGGGCGCUACACCUUCAGACUGACCGUAUCUGACCAGGAGGGGGCGACAGACAGCGCCUCGCUGACCGUCAAAGUCCCAGAAGCCGGUAGUUUUCUUCCGGUCGCCCACGCCAGCGGCAGCCACUCGCUCACUCUGCCCAACAACUCUCUGGUUCUCAGAGGUUCGGUGACCAACGCCGAUCAGACCGCGGUGCACUUCCUGUGGACCCGGGACAGCCAGAGUCCUGCUGCCGGGGACGUACUGUACGGCUCGGAUACUCAGCCCUCGCUCUACCUCGCCAACCUGGUCGAAGGCACCUACCUGUUCCAGCUGAAGGUGACCAACGCGCAGGGGCGCUCCGGCUCCGCCACGGCCACUGUGGAGGUGCGACCAGAGCCCGGCGGCGGCGAGCAGGUGGAGCUGGAGAUGCUGGUGUCGGUGUCUCAGGUGAGCGUGGCUCAGAGAGACACGGUGGUCCGACAGCUCGCCGCUCUGAUCCACGUCCUUGACAGCGACCUCCACGUGCGAGCGCUGCAGGGACACUCCCACAUCAGCACCGUGUUGCGGUUCUCCGUGCACGGCACCUCGGGGCCCCUCUCUGCCUCCCGAUUGGUCGGCGUGCUGCGCAGCCAGCUGCUCUUCGAGAAAAGCGACUACCUGUUGUUCAGAGUCCUGAGGGUGGACACCGUCUUGUGUCUGCUCAGCUGUUCGGGGCGUGGUCAGUGCGAUCCAAUCACCAAGCAGUGUGCCUGCGACCCCUUCUGGACCGAGAACCUGAUUCGUCGUUACCUUGGCGAUGGAGAGAGCAACUGCGAGUGGAAGGUCCUGUACGUCAUCCUGACCAGCUUCGUGCUCGUCGUCCUCAUCCUGUCACUCGGCUGGACGUUCAUCUGCUGCUGUAAGAGGAGACGACAGACCAAAGCGAGGAAGAAAACCAAAUACACCAUCUUGGACAACAUGGACGAGCAGGAGAGGGUGGAGCUCCGCCCCAAAUUCAGUAUCAAGCACCGCAGCACGGAGCACAACUCCAGCCUCAUGAUGUCCGAGUCGGAGCUGGACAGCGACCAGGACACCAUCUUCAGCCGCGACCGGCCGGUCCGCAGCAGGAACCGCAUCAGCACCAUGGCUGCCCGCAACGGCGACGCCUUCGGAUGACGGGGCGGCUGACCUCUCGCAGACGCAGAAUGGUGCAUUCUGGGACGUGUAUGAGGGACCACAUUACCCAGUUUUCAAGAGAAUGCUAACAUGUCCCAUUUCAAAGGACGCAAGGAACUCGAGACCUGGAGGACGGACGCGCGUCUGCUCGGACAUAAGAGGAAGAGCAAGAGGGCGGGACACAUCAGGCAUCGCACCACCGCCACGUGCCCGAUUCACAGCUGUGAGCUCGUUAGCUAACAGAGCGCUCACCAGGAAACACGGCAGAGUCAGCUGACGACGGCGUCCGAUCACACGGUCGUGGUUCGUUUGAGCCCGGGUCACAGACGCCGUCCGCCGGGUUAAACUUCAUCAACGUUUGUUGGCUAACGAGAAGCAGCGUGUGAAUCAGAGACGAAGGAUGUGAGCCGACACCUCCGACAUAAACACACCAACACAGAAGUAACACAAACUCGUCUUUAAUGUGGUCAGAAUACAAAACGCACACAUGAACUUUGACCCCAUCAGCUAAAGUCACAGACAAACAUCCAGGUAUUAAACUGCUACGAGAGCGUUUCACACGUAGACGAGCCGAGUCGACAGGUUUGCACCCGUUCGUGUUUUCAUGGCUCGAUGCGGCGCCGGCUGUCGCUCUGUCGGCUUCGUUUCCAAAGGCGCGUCUCUCAUCACGCACAAUUUCUUUAGGAAUGAAUCAAGUUUCACGAUUCAGGAGGAUUCAUGCGAGUUGGAAGCUUUAUGGACACUCGCUGCGCCACGGGUGAAGCAGAAAAUAAUUUUUAAAAACAAGUUUCAUCACAAUGUGGCGGUUUGUUAGCCCCUCCCCUUCAGUUUACAAUCCCUUAACACUGAUAGCCAAUCACAGCAGACAGGGCAGAUAAACGGACUGAGUAGCGCCUCCUACUGGUGUGAGUUUGGGCAGUUCAACCAGUCUGAGACGGGUUCAGAUAAGUUUAAGCUUCGUGCUGGUGCCGAGUGUGUGAGCGUAGAAGCGACAGCUGAUUCAAAAUGUGAUUUACAAAGUCCGAUGUUGGACGUUUUUGAUCCUGCAUGAAUUCAAACUUUAUUGAAGGAGUUAUCACGUGUUAAUAAAAGAAUCCGACCACC